AUGAGUGCGCUGCUUUCAGAGAGUGACCUUAAUGACUUUAUCAGUCCAGGGUUGGCUUGUAUAAAGCCCGCAGAGGCGAGGCAUGGAGAGUCGCAGGAUGAUUAUGGGAAGCUUGAGGUUGGGAAGGAGUCGAGUGAGGUUAGUAAGGUUUCGAUAUCGUUGCAGGACUGUUUAGCAUGUGCAGGAUGUAUUACAUCCAGUGAGGAAAUUUUGUUGGGCCGACAAAGCCAUGGGGUGUUUUUGGAGGAGUGGGGGAAGUUGCCGUCUAGCAGGCCGCUGGUGGUCAGUAUCUCGCCGCAGUGCAGGCUUUCACUUGCAGAUUACUUUCAUAUGGAGCAAGGGGAGUUGGAUCAGUGUCUGAUUGGCAUGUUUCAUUCGUACUUCAAUGCGCGAUAUGUGGUGGGUACGCAGAUGGGGCGGAUGGUCACUAUCCAACAGACAAAUAAAUAUCUAAGCAAGAGAAGGUUACAUGGGAAUGAGGGACCGAUGCUAUGUUCUGUGUGUCCUGGAUUCGUUCUGUAUGCGGAAAAGACUAAGCCUGAUCUUGUUCCCUUUCUUUUAGACGUAAAGUCUCCUCAGCAGAUCACAGGAGCAUUGCUCCUGGAGACAGUGUCGGAUAUGUACCAUCUAGCCAUCAUGCCCUGUUUUGACAAAAAACUGGAGGCUUCGAGAAAGGAUUCGGAACGAGAGGUCGACUGCGUGAUUACUCCUAGAGAGCUUGUGACAAUGCUAACUGAGCUGUCUGUCGACAUUUCCCACUAUAAAAGCCAUGAUUCCUCGUUGAUUCAUAGACUCUCGCCGCCUGGAUGGGACCCUGCGGUACACUGGUCCUCUUCUCGUGGGAGUAGCUCAGGCGGAUACGCAUACCAGUACCUGCUCAGCGUGCAACAAGCCCACCCGGAAUCUAGCAUCGUAACCCUCCACGGCAAGAUUUCAGAUGUAGUAGAACACAGGCUUCUGGACCAAGUAGGUAACAUUAUUGCCUCAUCCACCGAGGUAUAUGGCUUCAGAAACAUCCAGAAUAUGGUCCGCAGACUGUUGGUCAAGUCAUCGAACAGGAAUGUCAACAUAUUACGUAAACGCCACGCUUCAAGACCGAAGACCCCUACUCAAACAAACGCUGCAAAUCACCAGAAUGUAACACAGGAUCCAUACAAAACAGACUUCAUUGAAGUAAUGGCAUGUCCAGGAGGCUGCAUCAAUGGAGGCGGCCUUCUUAAUGGUGAACAGAGUUCGGCCCAACGGAAACAGCUGACCGCACAGCUUAACAAUAACUACCGGCAACUGCCGUUAGUAGACAUUAGCAGCGAAACCAUUCCAACCACCAAAGAGUAUGUCUACGAUCUAAAGCCAGUCAUUAAUUCUACAGACAUUGUAACAGUGAGCAACACGUGGUGA